AUGCUAAAAUUUCACACUAAAUCGAUUAGAGUUAACUCUAAUAACCUUUUCAUCUCCUCAUUGCUAUUGAAAAGAUGUUUCACUGAGGGAUUCCUUUUGAAUAAAAGCAUUCCACAAGAAACUAAAGAUGAUUUAAUUUCACGUCCUGAUGCUACUGCCACUUUGACCACUGAUUACUAUGAAUACCAACGUGUUGCCCAUGAUUCCGUUAAGAAUUUUAAAGCUACUUGGCUAAAUGCCUUGGCUGAACGCAAGAAGCAAUUGAAACAAGGUAAAAUUAUAGAUUCCUAUGUUUAUAAUCAUAUCAAAUCUCAUGAUAUCGUCGAAAAGACCAGAAAUGAAUCAUUUGCCCAUGUCGUCUUACCAUUUAAAGAGAACCCAAUCGUUGCUGACUUCUAUGUAAAUGCUGCUGGUAGAAUUAGAAUUGGCCAAUUAUUUCAGGAUUUAGAUUCUUUAGCUGGUAAAAUUGCUUAUAAACAUACUGCCCCAGUAGAACCAAUGAUCGUAACUGCAUCUGUAGAUAGAAUUUAUCUAUUGAAACCAAUCGACUCAAUCGCAGAUUACAAUGUGAUCUUAUCAGGUUCUGUUAUCUAUACUGGUAGAUCAUCAAUGGAAAUAGCUAUCACCGCAAGAGCCACUAAAAAUGAAGUACCAAAGGAAAUAUCAGAAGAGACUUUAUCGGAUGAUGAUAUCUUUUUAACUGCCUCCUUCACCUUUGUAGCAAGAAACCCUGAAACCCAUAAGUCUUUAGAGAUUAACAGAUUAUUACCAUUGAAUGAAAAACAAUGGUUGGAUUUUAAGCGUGCUGAAUCUCGUAUUGCAGCAAAGAAAUUAAAUGCUAGUAAUUCUAAUCUAGAAAAAAAUCCACCAACUGAAGAAGAGUCUUUGAUAAUCCAUCAAUUAUGGAGUGCCUCUAAAAGAUUGACUUCAAUGCCAAAUAAGCCAAGUAAUGUCUCAUUUAUGAAGGACACUGAUGUGGAAUCAACAAUGUUUAUGCAACCGCAAUAUAGAAACAGACAUUCCUAUAUGAUCUUUGGUGGCUAUUUGAUGAGACAAACCUUUGAAUUGGCUUAUUGUUCAGCUGCGUCAUUUUCUCAUUCAUACCCAAGAUUUAUGUCAUUAGAUUCUACCACUUUCAAGACCCCUGUUCCUGUCGGCUCAAUUUUACACAUGAAUGCCACUGUUGUAUAUACUGAACAUGUCCACAAGGCUAGUAAUGAACAAGCUAAAACUGGUAAAGAUAAUAGCACUGUGGAAGAAGCAAACUGUAACGCAGUUACUGAUUCUCAACCAACUGCAGUUAAUAAGCUAUCCUUUGACAAAGACAGUUUCUUAUCUAAACCUGGUACAUUAAUUCAAGUCAAAGUUGAUACAACUGUUCAAGAUUUAGCAUCAACCAAAAAACAACAAUCUGGUUCUUUUAUAUAUUCUUUCUUCGCACCUAAGGAUGCAGUUCAAGAGGGUACUCAUAGUAGUGGAUACUCAACUGUUGUCCCAGAAACAUAUUCAGAAAUGAUUGAAUUUAUUGAAGGCAGAAGACGUGCAACUGAAACUGCUUUAUAUGUUAGACAAGUUAAAGAAAACUAA